AUGACUAAAGUGAUGCACCAAGACUUGGAAACAGCAGCCAACAAUGUGAAUAUAUGGGCUGGAGUCACCACUAUAAUGCCUCUAUUUGGUGGAUUUCUUGCUGAUGCUUAUAUUGGUUGCUACUCUAUGAUUCUCUUCUCUUCCGUCCUCUAUGUCUUGAGUUUAGGUGUUUUCACCAUGUCACAAUACAUUCCAAGCCUUAGACCUUGCAAUACAACCUUAAAUUCAUGCGAGCAAGUUAGCAAGGUCCAUGAGUUGGUGUUCUUCAUAGCAGCCUACCUCAUGGCCCUAGCAACAGGGGGUUACAAGCCAUGCUUAGAAAGCUUCGGCGCCGACCAAUUCGAUGACUCUCAUUCUGAAGAAAGGAAGGAAAAGAUGUCAUUCUUCAACUACUGGAGCAUCGCCCUUUGUACCGGCCUCUUCUUAGGGGUUACUUUGAUCGUGUAUGUGCAGGACUACGUAAGUUGGGGCCUCGGAUUUCUGAUUUUAACCAUAACUAUGGUGGUUAGUGUCUUUGUAUUCAUUCUUGGAAGGCCCUUUUAUCGUUACAAGGUCGCUCUUGGAAGCCCCUUGACGCCAUUGUUGCAUGUCUUGGUCGCUGCUGUGGCUAAGAGGAAGCUACAUUGUCCUGCGCCCUCGCUCUUAUAUGAGGCUCCUAAUACAGGCAAGCUCCAAAGACGACGUUUGGGUCAUACUAAUAGGCUAAGAUUUCUUGACAAAGCUGCUAUAAUCGAAAAAUAUGAGAGUAAUAAUGGAGCAUAUAGAAAGGAACAAAGUCCAUGGAGGCUAGCAACUGUGACACAAGUGGAGGAAUUGAAGCUCAUAAUAACCAUGGCUCCUAUAUGGCUAACUUCCUUGAUAUUUGGCAUAGGCAUUGCUCAAGGCCAUACAUUCUUCAUCAAGCAAGGGAGUGCUAUGAACAGGAAAGUCUGGAACCACUUUGAAAUCCCAGCAGCUUCUAUGGCCGCCUUAACGGCCCUGGGGAUGAUUGCUACAAUCGCCUUCUACGACAAAGUCCUCCUCCCGUACUUAAGGAGAGCCACAGGCAAAGACAGAGGUAUAAGCAUCCUUAAAAGAAUAGGCAUUGGUAUGGUCAUUUUAAUCAUAUCAAUAUUGAUCUCAGCUUUAGUAGAGAGGAAAAGGUUAAAAGCUUCAUUAAAAGGGAAGAAAAUGAAUGUGUUUUGGUUAGCACCUCAAUACUUAAUCCUUGGUAUUGGAGAUGGGUUUUCCCUUGUUGGAUUGCAGGAAUAUUUUUAUGACCAAGUUCCUGAUACAAUGAGAAGUUUAGGGAUGGCGUUUUUCCUUAGUGUUAUUGGUGUUGGUAGCUUCCUUACUAGCUUUUUAAUUACUAUUGUGAAUUAUGUGACAACGAUGAAUGGGGGAAAGAAAUGGAUUGGUAAGGAUUUGAACCAUAGUCGUCUUGAGUAUUUUUAUUGGUUAUUAACAGUCAUUUUUGUAUUGGAUUUGUGUGCUUUUGUGUUGUUGGCGAAGAAUUAUAAGUACAAAAAUGUUCAAAGAACUGUAGUUGAAGAUAAUUCUUGUGACAUUGAGAAGAAAUUGGAGUUGGCUUGUCAUUGAAAUGUUUGGUCACAAAUCUGUAAUCUUUACGUAGUGUAUCUUCUGUGUUAUGUGUUGUAAGCUCGAAUAAUAGUGGGACAUUUUUUUUU